CCACAUUAAGACAACGGUCUGCAAUUAAAUUAGUUUGUACUAUCAAAUACACUAAAAAAUAAGGCACAUAAAAGUAAUGUGAAUCUGUCUAAGUAUUGUCUAAUUAUUUACUGCUUAAUUAUAAUUUUACUUUUUAUAACUCCCAGCGUUCCGUGGUCCGGUACCGGUCUGCGACUGAGUUAAAAAUACUUUGAUUUGUAAAUACUGUUCUUGCUGGCUGUAGCAAAUCCUAUUAAUAUGCUGUAAAUAAGAACGUUCGUCUUUUGUUAAUUUUUUGUCAAAAGGAACAUGUCAGUGCAGUCGUGCAAUUAUUCCUAAAUCUUUAGGGGAAUAUGAGGAUUACAGUUCGCACUCGUCCCGAAUAUCAAGAGAUCGACCCAUACUGAAAAAUAAAAUGUCGUAUCCCGUAUUUUUGCACCGCGUGGUCUACCCUCUGUCCCCCAGCAGCUUAGACAGGGUAGGGGACAUGGGAGGGGGGUGGUCUUAAUUAUUUCCUGUGGCAGCCCUAGAAGGACUGAUACUUUGAUACUCCAUACUGAUACUCCAGUUAGCCAAACACGAGGAAACGGUGAGGAAAAAGCCUGCGAUUCCAAAAAGGCUGAUGCAAUCUCACAGGGAGAGCUUCAUGAAACAGUAAAGGAGGACUGAACAGGCUGCAGGAGGCAUCUGCGGAGGAGAACCUCAUUGACAUGGACAAGAAAACGGAUAUCAUCCAGGAGAGUGAUGAAAAAACCAAAGCGAAACAUUCACCGAAAUUGUGUGGCACCAACUACCCUGUAAGCAUCGCCUUCAUUGUGGUGAAUGAAUUCUGCGAGAGAUUCUCCUACUAUGGCAUGAAAGCUCUGCUCACACUCUACUUCAUGAACUACUUGCACUGGGACAAGAACCUCUCCACGGUGGUGUACCAUGCAUUCAGCAGCCUUUGCUACUUCACGCCCGUCCUGGGAGCCAUCAUCGCCGACUCCUGGCUUGGGAAGUUCAGGACCAUCAUCUACCUCUCCAUAGUGUAUGUCAUCGGUCAUGUGGUGAAGUCUGUGGGAGCCAUUCCCAUCCUGGGGGACAACACCAUGCACAUAGUACUGUCCCUGACGGGCUUGGUGCUCAUCGCCAUUGGGACGGGGGGGAUCAAGCCCUGUGUGUCCGCAUUCGGAGGAGACCAGUUUGAGGAAGAACACGUGGAGGAACGGAGGAAGUUCUUCUCCAUAUUCUACAUGUCGAUCAAUGCUGGGAGUGUCUUAUCCACCAUUAUCACGCCGAUACUGCGAGGUGACGUGCAGUGUUUCGACGGUGACUGCUACGCUCUUGCUUUUGGGGUGCCCGCAGCUUUGAUGCUUAUCGCCCUUGUUGUGUUCAUUGCUGGGAGCAGCUUGUACAAAAAGAGCCCCCCCGAAGGAAACGUGCUGCUGGAUGUCUGCAGGUGCAUGGCGUUUGCUGUGAAGAAUCGCUGGAGAAGUUCAAAAACUGACCCUAAAAGAGCUCACUGGCUGGACUGGGCAGAGGAGAAGUUUUCGAAACGCCUCAUCCAGGAGAUCAAGAUGGUUCUUCGGGUGCUGCUACUUUACAUCCCCCUUCCCAUGUUCUGGGCUCUCUUUGACCAACAGGGCUCUCGGUGGACACUGCAGGCCACCAGAAUGAAUUUGGACUCUGGCCCAUUUGUUCUGAAGCCGGAUCAAAUGCAGAUGCUAAACGCUCUGCUGAUAUUGGUCUUUGUCCCGAUCUUCGACAUGGGAGUGUAUCCACUCAUUGGCCUCUGCAAGAUUAACUUUACGCCGCUGAAGAAGAUGGCCACUGGCAUGAUUCUCGCAGCCCUGGCCUUUGUAGCUGCAACGAUCGUGGAAGUGAACGUCAUAAAAACUGUGGUGGAGGCUCCACCAGCAGGGGAGAGCUUAUUGCAGAUUCUCAAUCUGGCAGAUGGUGAGGUCAGGGUGACUAUUUCGGAGACUGGCCUUUUCCCAGACCCCAUCAAGCCCUAUGAGGAUCCAUGGGAAUAUCAGAGGCUACCGCUGAAUGGAAAAAGUCAAAACCAUACAGUCAAGAUCAAGUAUGACGCAGUAGACUUCAACUAUGUUCUUUCAUUCCACGAACAAAAGGCUUAUAGCUUGAUCCUGCACAAAGACAUAGCCAACAUUGAAUGUAAACUUGUGGAAGACUUAAUUGAGAAAUCUGAGAAAGGUGAUGCAUUCGUCAGGUUUGUCAAUGCCAACAACAAGGGCCUGAAUGUGACUGUUGGUGGGCAAGACUUUCAGGUAGCUCCUGCUUUUGGCAUCUCUCCCAGUAGGAGCGUGGUGAGAGCACAAUACAGUGACGUGAAAUGCAUGUCAGACCAAAACCAGUACUCAGUAGAUCUGGGUCUCCUUGACUUUGGUGCCUCCUACACUGUCAUUCUGGAACCACAGGUCCCCAAUGAAUUAGUGGCCAGAAAGAUGGAGGACGUCCAUGCGAACAACGUGCAUAUUGCCUGGCAGGUGCCGCAAUACGCCCUGAUAACAGCAGGGGAGGUCAUGUUCUCCAUCACGGGCCUAGAGUUCUCCUAUUCUCAGGCCCCAGCCAAUAUGAAAUCUGUGCUGCAAGCCGUCUGGCUUAUGACGGUGGCCUUCGGAAACGUCAUUGUGCUGAUUGUGGCAGAAGGGGCCGGCCUGCAACAGUGGGUGGAGUUUGUGCUGUUCGCUGCUCUCCUGGUCGCCGUCUGCCUCAUCUUCUCCAUCAUGGCCCACUUCUACACCUAUGUCAACCCUGACCGACUGGAUGAGAUGUUUUCUGAAGAUGCCUUUGAUGACAAUGAGAAGAACUCGAAGAGACACCCAGGGCAAGAGGUGCCUCUCAAAAAUGUGUCCCGAAACACCAGGAUUUAAUCUGGAGUGAAGCUCUACCUGAGCAGAUACCCCAGGCCUUGCCAAGAAGCACUCCAGAGUGGUAAAAACAAAUAUGCCGUUUUCUCAGAUAAUAAAUCAGUAUAUCAAAAUGCAGCAACUAAAAUCUGUUUGGUUCAGAAGUAUAAAAUAGACAAUGUAACACUUCUUACUGUAUACAGAUGCUCCGCUACUUACGAAUGAGAUACGUUCCGAACAGCCGUUCAUAAUUUGAAAUGUUCAUAAGUCGUUAUUCAACAUCAUUUUCAGGAUAUACGUAAGUACAAAGGAUGUACUGGGAGUAGUAGUAGGAUGCUGGGAGUACGCACGCUACGCUGCUGCGCGGCGGGAGUAGCGGUCAGAAGUCGUACUAGGCGGAAUUGGCGCACAGGAAAAAGAAUUGAUGUUGCGGACAGGAAACAGCUGGCUAAGGAAGACAAUUUGGACUUACAGUCCUCUUCGUUCGUAUGUCUGAAAGUUCGUACGUUGAAAGUUCAUAAGUAGAGGAGCGUCUAUAUUAAAAUUACGUGAUAGUGACAUGAAAUUUAAGAUUUUUAAAGAAUUUAAUAUGAAGGAGUCGCUGCUGAUGAAUAGAAUGGCUCAUCUAGGCCUGGAUAAAUACUAACAGAAAUAAUAUGUUGUGAUACAGAUUUACCUACUGUUUUGAAACCUUUUGAAAGAUUGUUCCCAUUUCAUUUUACUUUUACUUUUCUUAAGUAAUUUUACAGUGUGUAUAUAUGUUGCUUUUAGGGUUAAGCCAAUAUCCUCCAUUGGAGAAGAAUUUUUAAAUAACUAUUUAAUUCUGCUAAAACUUUCUUCAUAUUGCUAAUAAACUAUACUACACUUGA